AUGCGCAGCUCACUCGCACGGCUGGCCUCGGCAGCGACGCUGCACGGCCUUGCGCCCGCCGCCUCGGCUCUGCUGCCGCCCAUCCCCCUCUACCGGCGGCUGCUACGCGCCCAUCGGAAGCAUCUGCCCGCCGACAUGCGCGUCCUGGGCGACGAGUAUAUCAAGGCCGAGUUCCGAGCCCACCGCAAAGUCGAUAACCCGGCGCACCUGAUUGGCUUCCUCGCGGAAUGGCAGCUCUAUGCCCAGAAGAUAGAGGGUGACUCCUGGGUUGGCGAGAUGAUUGACCAGGGAAAGCUUGCAAAGUUGAGCGACGAACAAGUUCACCAGCUCUACGAGUUGAUGCAGGCAAUCAAAAGUCGCCAACAAGACGGAGAUCCCCAAUGA